AUGAUUAAUAUACAACCAAGAACAAGGGAAUAAAGGGUAAAAUGUGAGAUUAUAUUAUAAUAGGAAGCAUAAAAGGAUAAAGAUUUAAUUGAAAAGACAAGAAUUGAUUAAAGAGGUGAAAUUAAUAAUCGAUAUUGUAGUUGGUUAUGAAGCAAGAGGAUUAGGAGUUGGAACCUUGAUACAUUAAGCACCACCUCAAUCAUCGCUAUAUGUUCCAGGUAUAUAUCAUAAAUAUUAGAAGAAAACGAGAGAUUUGAUAAAGACUUUGCAAUAGCUGAUAAAAAAUAGAGAGAGUUGUAACUUUAGUAAAAAGAAUAAGUAAUUGACAAAAGAAGAAUGGAAGGAUUGGAGAGAGAAACUAAAAAAUGGGAAUACUAAGAGAAAUAAGAACAAAAAGAUUAAUAGAAACUCAUAAACCAUACUCAAGCUUUAACUUAAGGAAAGAGAAAUUAAAAUGGGUAUAAAUUCAAAAAAAAUAAUAUUAUUAGAUUAGCUUAUAAUCCUAUAACUUUGUAAUAUGACAAGACUUAAUAGGGAAAUACAUUAAAGGAGUAAGAUGAUUAAGCAAAGGUUCGCCAAUAUGUAAGAGCAUAAAAUCUAGAUCAAAAAGGGAAUGCUGGAUUUAAUAUUUUGACUGGAGAAUCCCGUAAUGGAGUUGAAUAGAUUGUGCCAAAUCAUUUAAAAAAUUAGUAUUAGUAAAAAUUAAAGGAUCAUGAAUAAAACUUAAAGAUAAAAACUCAUUCUUAAUUUAACAGUUGA